AUGUCAGCUCAGUUGCAUAGAGUCUUGGCUUGUACUGAUUUCCUAGAUUGUGGCUCACUGACCCUUUUGGGGGUAAAUAAGGGUGGGAAGCUACAUAUUCAACUCUUCUCGACAGUCAUUCCCAGUGUAACUACAAGUACCGAGUUUAACCCCUCUGAAACUCCCAAUACAAGCGGCGCAGGCUUGAGUAGUCUUGAUUUACUUUCAGAUGGCAUGGAGAAUUUGCUUGAAAGUUACUCAAAAAAACAACAUGGUUUUGAUGAACAUGGAGAAAAAUGCAAAUUGAUAAAGCUUCAACUUGAGGAUCAACGGCAGUUGAUAAAGGAUCUCAAGAAAAGAAUCGACGAUUUGAAAAGUGCACUUUUGAAAAGCAAUGGCAAUCCAAAUUAUAAUCGUCAAGUUCAAGAACUCGAGCUUGAGCUUGGAAAACAGCAUUCCAAACUUGAAGAUCUUGAAAAGAGUCAUGAGGAAUGCAAUAUUGAUAGUGGUCGUCUUAAUUUUGAACUAGAGCUUAUCAAAAUAAGUCUUGUGGAGUGCUUUUCCGGAAAACCUUUCAAUUUUAGAUCACUCAAUGAGCAACUUUUGCUUAUCCUCUCACACUCCCUCGUUAAGGAAUAUCUCUACAAAUUAGAAUCCAUCGAUAAACUAUCAUCAGGUUGUAAGGAGUGUUCUCGUAAAAAAUUCCAGAAUAAACCACAACGAAAACUUAAAAAACUUCAAAAACUUAGUGCCCAACAAAACCGUCAAUCUUCAUCACAUAGCAAUACAAUUCCUAAACAUUCGCAGCAGUCACAAAUACCGUCCAAAGUUCGUCCCACUCAAACCUCCUUCAAUUCACAGGGAACUUUUAAAUUUAUGAAUAGGCUUAAAUCAUUUUUUAAAUGA